CUGGUUCUUUUGAGGAGACUCUAGCUGGCAGGAUCCCUGACAUUAGCGCUGGUGUCUGGCUGCCUGCUGUCUCUCGUCAUGGCUGCACAGCUUGUUGUCGCUCUGCUGGCUCUCACCUCCCUGGGUGCUGCAUCUGAGCUGGACUGCAAGGAGCUGGUUAAACCCCUGGUGCUGGACAGCCACAGCCCUAUCUAUGGGAAAUGGGUGCUGCAUGUGGGGUCAUGGGACCAGCCUGGCCUGAAGAGUGAUCUGGCGACAGUGAAAAGCUCCUGGGUGGAGCUGUCGCCCUCCUCCGACCAUGGAGUCAUCACCCUCUACUGGGCAGACCGCCUACAAGAAGAUAGAUGCCUCCAGGGUACUGCUAAUGCCACCAUGUCAGGAAUGACCAGUCAUACCACCUUUAAUAUCAAUGGUCACACUUCAUAUCAUGAGGGGAAAUACUAUGAGACCUGCGCUGACUGCCUGCUGUCUGAAGACACCACCCUCCUCCCUGACGGCGAGACAAAGGGCCGAUAUCUCUUCCUCUUUACGAGGACCGGAAACCUGGAGCCGUCUGAGUUAGAGACUUUCAAGAAUCAGGCAGAAUGUCUCAAAUUCCUCCCCGAGUACUACUAUGGAGGCACAGAUCUAUGUGAGGAUGACCGUGAAACUGCAAAGCCUGCAGAGAACACAGAGAACGCUGAAACUACCGAGCCGACCACGCAGUAAGGCCGAGCCUGUCAGUGUCCUUGUCCCCGUGAAUGGCUUCUACACACCCAAACAAACCGUGUUUAACAAAUGCAUAGUAGGUAGUAGAAUUGUGCUAUGAUCUGCAUGGCCUUUGGUGUAGUUCUGUGCUGUGGAACAAAACCUCUGAUCUUGGGUCGUUCAGGUGGUUAGACAAGUUCAAGUCGUGCUGGUAUAAAAGUCUGUAAAAAGUACUGUAUUGACUGAAAUGUGUUGUAACGUUACUGUGAGUUCCUGCCCAGCAAACUGUAAGACCUUUCAUGAUUUAAUACAAUAAAAGUGAAAUCUGAAAAGCGCAUGGCAUGUUUUGGCAGACAGCGGCUGAAAAAUCCACUUAAAUGCAUUUCAGUCUUUGUGAAUUGUUGGAUGUAUAACUGGUUAUUUUUAAUCAGCUGUGUGAGUUAAAUGAGAAUAAGUGUUAAUCUGCUUCUGUAUUGUGUUCUCUAUAUAGAGAGCAGGUGGCUCUCCUGCCGGCUCCUCUUGUAUUGCUAUGUAUUCUUUUUUUUAUUAUUAUUAUUUCCUAAUAAACCUGUCUUCCCAUGCAUGAAAAUG